AUGGUUCGCAAGGUUGUGCGCGGGCGCGUCGAGCCGCUCGCCGCCGUCGUCUCCCCGCAGCAGGCGGCGGCGGCAGCGGCGCGCAUAUCGCGGUCGCUGGAGGAGGAGCGCGGCAAUGCGGACCGCCUGAGGCGAUUCCAGCAGGAGAACGCGGAGCUCUGCACGCUCGUGCGCUCGCUACCCGACAAAACGAGCCACGCUGUCAUGGUUCCCUUUGGCCGCGCCGCCUUCUUCCCCGGCCGCCUGGUGCACACCAACGACCUCACCCUCCUGCUGGGCGAUGGGCUCUACGCUGAGCGCUCCGCCUCGCAGGCGCUGGGGUUGCUGCGGCGACGUGGCGCGAUGAUAGAGCGCCAGCUGGAGGGGUGCCAGGCGAAGGUGGAGGACCUACGUGGCGAGCUGCGAUUCGCCGAGCAGGCUGGGGCGGAUGCAGAGGAGGGGUGUGUGGAGAUACACGAGUAUGAGGAGGAGGUGGAGGGGGGCGAGGAGGAGGAGGAAGGAAAGGAUGAAGGAGCACGAGGAGAGGAGAAGAAAGAAGGCAGUUCAAAGGGGAAGGCAGCAGGGGAGAAUUUGCCCAAAGUGGCGGGGAUUUCUAGAGAAGCGGGUGGUGGGGGUGGUGGUGGGGACGAGGAGGAGCGGCGCAUUGAGGCUCUGUUCGCCCAGAUGGAAGCUGCUGAGGCUGCUGCUGCUGCUGCUGGGGAUGAUGAUGAGGAGGAGGAGGAAAUUGAAGAGGAAGAAGAGGAGGAAGAUGAGGACGAUGAGGUUGAGGAUGAGGAGGGUGAGGAGGAAGGGGGAGAGGAAGAGGAGGAAUGGGAGGAAGAGGAAGAAGACGAUGAGGCUGGGGAGGAAGAGGGGAGGGGGGAACAAGAGAGAAGGGCCGAAGCAGAUACUGAUAGGAAGCUGAUGGAGGGCGUGUCGGCAGUGAGGAUAGGUGCUGUGGGAGGGCAGCAAGGGCAGGCGAUGGAGGGAAUAAGAGCAGCAAGGGGGCUAGGAAUCCCCCCCUCACAGGAGCUAGUGCAGAGCAUGUCAGCAGUGACGAUAGGUGCUGCAGUGGGAGGGCUGCAGGGGCAGGUGGUGGAGGGAAGCAGAUUUCCGCCCUCACAGGCGGAGCGGAGGGAGGUGGGCCCAUCUGCCAGACAGCUCAAGGCGUUCUCAGGCGCUGUUGUGGAGCAAACCUCUGACUCCUCUUCCCCUCCACCACUCCCAAUCGUACCACCGGCACCAGCACCAGCGAGACCUCUCUCGCGAUUCAAGCAGCGCCGUGCCGGUCAACUGUGA